AUGGACGGCUUGAAAGAGAGGAAAGAGGCAUUUGUAACUGGACUCACCGGGGGUACAAUUACAGAUGUGUAUGUGGUCACAUCUAUAUCGGCAGUUUCAUACUUGAUCUGGUGCAUCAUCAAGAAAAGAACAAAUUUAUUUGAGAAUCCACGGUCGGUACUCAGCCAAUUGCUUGAUUUUUUACUUAACUGGAACAACUUGUUAUUGGCAGUGACUAUAUAUGCGAAUAACAUCGCGCUCUUGACAUUCUUAAUCAUAAUUCCUGCUGUUUUCAUUUUGCUGACAUCGAAAUCAAAAAAGUAUGUUCAAAGGGUUAUUAGGAUCAAUUUUAAAACACUUACAGUGAAGGAAUAUCUUCCAUUUAAAUCAUACAUCACGAUAUACAGGUCUCAAAUGAUGAUUCUUACGUGUAUUUGCAUUCUUGCCGUGGAUUUUCCAAUCUUUCCCAGAAGAUUCGCAAAAGUGGAAACUUGGGGUACUAGCUUGAUGGAUUUGGGAGUGGGAUCAUUUGCAUUUUCAAUGGGAGUUAUUACUGCCAGAGCUUAUCUUCGCCAGCAUUUCCUUGGAAAAUAUUCAUAUUUCAGGAAUCUUUUCCGCGCAAUCAAAGGAUCUCUUCCUAUUCUUGGACUGGGUGUUUUCAGAUUGUUGAGUGUGAAAUAUUUCAACUAUCAGGAGCACGUUACUGAAUAUGGCAAAUAUUGGAAUUUCUUUUUCACUUUGGGAUGUCUUCCACCCCUUACUAAUCUUCUCUCCCCAAUAAUCUUGAAGGUUUCUCCAUUAAUUUUAAGUCUCACAAUUGGUACUACAUACGAAUACAUCCUUACCAAUAGAGGAUUGAUGCGGUAUAUUAUCUCGAGCCCAAGAGUGGAUUUUCUAUCCGAUAAUAAGGAAGGUAUCUUCUCAUUGAUCGGAUACUUCUGCAUUUGUCUUAACGGUCUUGCUUUAGGAUCGAUGAUUUUAACUGUGGUUCCAACACCACACAAUCUUACUAAAAUGACUAGCUCGCGUGAGGAUUUGAUGGCUUAUCAUAAAUCGGGAAAAAAGAGCUGUGAUUUCACCUUUACCCCCGUUCAAGGACUUACUCUCAUAUCACUUCUAUAUCAUGUCUUAUACUUACUGGGUGACAAAUGCUAUAAAUACGGCGUUUCUAGAAGAAUGACCAACAUGCUUUACGUUCUCUGGGUCUCGGCUUAUAAUAGUACCUUUUUGCUUUGCUACAAACUCAUUGAAAACUUUGUCUGGGGAGAUGUUAAAGUCCAGUAUGUUGACGAUAAAACAUCUGCCAAAAAGCCAAAAAACACCGAUUUGAGUGUUAUUGAUCCUUCUGUAUCCGUUCCUAGUGCUCUGACGGCUGUCAAUAAUAACAGUUUGGUUCUUUUCUUGGUUGCCAAUCUCUUAACUGGUGUUAUCAACAUGAGUUAUGAUACAUUAGAUUCCUCAGACUGGUCUGGAAUUCUUGUUCUUAUGGGUUAUACCUUUAUUUUAUCGACAUUUACAAUGGUGCUGUAUCAUCUGGGAAUUAAGCUUAGGUGA